AUGCGAUUAGCUGCACUUUUAUGGGCCUUGUCGACGACAGUAUUAUGCGCUCAAAUCCAUGGAUGUGACUUUGAGAUCCGAAUAGAAUACGUUGGCCCGGUUGAUCAACCGUUAAUCGUUCAGAUUCAAGAGCCUAAUGGAGCUUUAUCGCCAGAGUAAGUGUCCAGAGUAAUAUCGAUGUGAAAAAUGUAUUUUCCGUUAUAGAUAUAUAAAAUAGUGUGUUGCUAUGUAGCUAUGCCCCAAAUGUACUCAAGAUCAUUGCAGAUUCCACUUCCAACGCCGCGGAGAUACAGCGACUUAUCGAGUAAGGGGGACCUGUAACACCAGGACAUAUAUCCGCGUCUAUAAGCCGUCGGACACUUGGACAAUUGUUGGGAGGAUAUUUGAAACGUCCGGAGUUAUGACUGGGAGAGGCUAUACGGAAUAUAAGGUGAGAUCAGCAAAGAGUAAAAGGUUUUCAAAGGAUUCUCUUUAAUUAGUUGUCGUUGGAACUUAAUUUGCCUCAAAUUUUGCGUUCACCGAGAAUUUUGUCUGGAUGAAGUCUAGUGUUCUAUAUCAGCGGGCAUAUCAAGUGAUCUCUAACACUUUUCCCAAGCUUUUGUAAAAAUCAGAAGACCACAUUUGGCAACAAAAAAUAUAUAAAAAAGUUCCCUUUUUAGCUUCUUUCCUCCGGUCUUAUCUUCAUGCACAACUCGUACGGAGUUCCUUGCGUUUUCGGGACUUGGGGAACUUGCGUCCGCAAUCGAUUCAACCAGCCCUUGACCAAGUACGAUCCAUUCGCUCGGCAACUGUAA